CAUUUCAUUUCAUUUUCAACUUCGAAUACUUCUCUCUCCAAACAAACCGAAUACAUUUCUCUCUCUAAAUCAAACCCACACAUUCCUUCGUCUUCAACCUUUUUCAAUUUCGUAACUUUCAGAGUUACCUAAAGCUACUACUACUUCACAAUCUCUAAUGGCCGAUCGCCGAGUCGAACCGGCCGACCCUUUUCUCGUCAAGUACCAACCUUCAGAGUUAAAAAUCGCUUCCGAGUUUCUCACAACUUGGCUUCCUUUUCUCUCUAGAGAUCUUUGCAGUAGUUGCACCGACGUCCUCUCUGAUCGAAUUCGCUCUCUUGAAUUAGAGGUUGGCGGUGAUUCAGAAUUAUUACAAUCGGAUAAUUUGAAAUUGAUGGAAAAGACUAGUGAUAAUCAAACGGAAAAUUUUGAUGGGAAUUCAAUAGGGAGUGGGAAAGAUAAGGAGGAUACUAAUUCAUUGGGUAGUUGGAAAGAUGGGGAGAAUGGAUUAUCAAGGGAAGGGACUAGUGAGCCUUCUUCUUCUAGGGAGACUCAUAGUCCUCGAAUGUCUUGGGCUGACAUGGCACAAGAGGAUGAACUUGAAGAAGAUGGUGGGGAAGAUGAUGAUUGUGAUGUUGAAGGAGAGGAUGAUCAAGAAUCGAGUAGUAAGCGAGUGGUUAAUGUUAAUUCUUCAACUGGAAAUCUGAGGAUAUCUAAGGUGAUUGAAAAGCCCAAGCUGUCUAGGGAGCAGAGGGAGUACAUUAGGUUCACGAGUGUACAGAGGAAGAAGGAUUUUAUCUGUUUGGAGAGGAUCAAAGGAAAAUUAGUUAACAUUGUUGAUGGGCUUGAACUCCACUCUGGGAUUUUCAGUGCUGCAGAACAAAAGAGGAUAGUAAAUUAUGUUUACAUGCUUGAGGAGAAAGGCAGAAGGGGAGAACUCAGAGAGCGUACUUUUACUGCUCCUCAAAAGUGGAUGAGGGGAAAGGGACGUGUCACCAUUCAGUUUGGGUGCUGCUACAACUAUGCAACGGAUAGAAAGGGUAAUCCUCCUGGGAUUCUCUCAAAUGAAAAUGUAGAUCCACUACCUGAUCUUUUCAAGGUCAUUAUAAGGAGGCUAGUGAAGUGGCAUGUACUUCCCCCAACUUGUGUACCGGACAGUUGCAUUGUGAACAUCUAUGACGAGGGGGACUGCAUACCUCCUCAUAUUGACAAUCAUGACUUUGUUCGACCGUUCUGUACAGUAUCAUUUCUUAGUGAAUGGAAGAUGAUUUUUGGAUCAAACUUGAAAAUUGCUGGUCCCGGUGAGUUUGAUGGGCCAUAUUCAAUUCCUCUGCCGAUGGGAUCUGUUCUUGUUCUGAAUGGAAAUGGAGCCGAUGUUGCUAAGCAUUGUGUGCCUGCAGUACCAGCAAAGAGGAUAUCUAUAACAUUUAGAAGAAUGGAUGAAUCAAAACGACCAAAUGACUAUGCCCCGGAACCUGAUUUGGAAGGAAUUGUCCCAUUGCCUUAUGAUGUUGCUGCCGAGAAGACAAAUGGUCCUAAAGUAGUGGACCACCCCAGAAAGAGAUAUUCAGACAGAAGAGGAAAUCACAAUAACAUGGCUGCAAGGGGGUCUGCUGGGAGAGGCGAUGUAUCCCAACAUUCGGAAUAUCACAACCCAAUUUGGGGUCAACGAGGACCAGCAAAUUGGCGAAGGUCAGGUUGAAUAUUCACAACCGGUGCAUACCCGCACCGCCAUUAUAAUUCUUAGAUAGCUGAUUAUGCUUGUUUGAGGCUGUGGUUUUCUUAUGACGAGAGAGGUGUGUGUCCAAGGGGGUUAUAUUACAAGUGAGUGAGGCUCCAAAAUAAUCUGAAAGCAGGCGUGAUUGGGUUUUGCAUCUUUGUACAUUUAUCGAAUAGGUCUACCAUAUUUUGUUUUGUCUUAGAUAUUUUUUAGCUGACCAAUAUCUAUAAAUGAUUACACAUAGAGAGAGAAAGAGAAACUAUUAUUCAUUUUUAUUUUAUUUUUUCUCCCUUUGCCUUUUUUCUUUCUGUUUUCCUCCAUUUAGGAAUUUUUAAUUGUAAAAGUGAGUCUUAUCUUUAAGCUUAAAAAUGUCUGGAUUUCAUUUGAUGAGUA